AUGUCUUACGACAUUCAGGCUGCUGAACAAGUUGCUUAUGCCCCAUUCUUUGGAUACAUGGGAGCUGCGUCAGCUCAGAUCUUUACAGUAUUUGGAGCUGCUUAUGGAACUGCCAAAUCUGCCGUCGGUAUUUCGUCGAUGGGAGUUAUGCGGCCAGAACUUAUCAUGAAGUCGGUCAUUCCCGUUAUUAUGGCUGGUAUCAUCGGUAUCUACGGAUUGGUGGUAGCCAUGGUGCUGAAGGGACGUGUUAAGAAGGCUUCUGAGGGAUACGAUCUGAGCCAAGGAUUCUCCCACUUGGCCGCUGGUUUGACUUGCGGUCUCUGUGGUUUGGGAGCUGGCUACGCUAUUGGUAUUGUUGGAGAUGCAGGAGUACGUGGAACUGCCCAACAGCCCCGUCUUUUCGUUGGAAUGAUUUUGAUUCUCAUUUUCUCAGAAGUAAGUAAAUUACUUUUAUUUCUAACGUAUGUAACUUAAACUUUUAAGAUUUAAUUUUUAAUGAAUAUAUGUGAAAUAGUAAGAUUUAGCUUUUUGAUACUUCAUAUACCAGUUUCAAAAUGUUUUUGCAGGUAUUGGGUUUGUACGGUAUGAUUGUCGCUUUGAUCCUCAGUUCGUAA